AUGGGGACUCCUCGUUCGCCGGCCACAGAUUUCUUCGGCAUAUCCAAGACAGCAUGCAAAGCCUACAAGUCCCUCGUCACAAAACUGCACCCUCUCUCUUCUCACCGCAAAUCCGAAUCCCACUCCGACGCCGAUUCCGCAAUCCACCGGAGAUAUCUAGAGGAGAAAUUUGCGGAGGAGGAUGAUCUGAUUGCUGCUCGGAGAGGUCUCCGGUUACAGAGCAUGGACGAUAGCACCGUCUUCAAACGGCGAUCUUCUCUGCUAUCAAACUCCAGUAGCCGUCGUAGUCACACCCCGCAAGCUAGACCAACCUACCUCUCCUCCUCCGCUUCUUCGAACCGACGCUCUGCUUUCUCCAGGAGCACAAGCCGUAGAGACGAAGGCAGCAGCCACGGCGGAGGGAGAAGCCACGGUUUGAAAUCACGUCCCAUAUCGAACAACGCGAGUCCGAUGGCGUCUCCUAGAGGGAAAGAUCAAACAUUAGGUGAUUUAUUUGGUUCCGUUCAGGGACUAACGUCUCCUCCAAGCUCUAGUCCAAUCAACGGCGUGAAACAAUCUUCUCCGUCUUCGAUAUCGAAGAGCGCAAGCAAGAGAGAUAAAGACGAGAGAGGUUCUCAGAGCUCGGCGACGUCUACGUCUGUGCCGUAUUCGAAGAGCAAGAGCACGAGACAACAAGAGAGGGAUGCGGCUGGGUCAAUAGGGAAGAGUAUAAGCCGGAGGAGCACAACGCCGAUAGUGUUUUCACAGUCUACACCACCGAAAAAACCUCCGGCAGUGGAAAAAAAGCUUGAGUGUACGUUGGAAGAACUCUGCCAUGGCGGUGUCAAGAACAUCAAGAUCAAAAGAGACAUCAUUACCGAUGAAGGGUUGAUAAAGCAACAAGAAGAAAUGUUAAGAGUGAACAUCAAACCGGGAUGGAAGAAAGGGACAAAGAUCACAUUCGAAGGAGUAGGGAACGAAAAACCAGGCUAUCUCCCGGAAGAUAUCACAUUCGUGGUUGAAGAAAAGAGACAUCCUUUGUUCAAAAGACGUGGAGACGACUUAGAGAUUGCGGUUGAGAUUCCUCUUCUAAAGGCUUUAACUGGAUGUAAACUCUCGGUGCCGCUAUUGACGGGCGAGUCGAUGUCCAUAUCCGUAGGAGAAGUUAUCUUCCAUGGAUUCGAGAAGGCGAUAAAAGGUCAAGGUAUGCCAAAUGCUAAAGAAGAAACUAGGCGAGGGGAUUUGAAAAUAACGUUUCUUGUGAAUUUCCCGGAAAAGUUGAGUGAAGAACAACGGGCUAUGGCCUAUGAUGUUUUGAAAGAUUGUUCUUGGGCAUAAGGCUUAUAUCAUUCCUUUCACUUGUGAUCUUCUUUUGUAUAUAAGUUUCCUACGGGUUGAAGGUUUGAUUCGUUGACAUUUAGGCUUACAAUAUUUUCUUAGAUUGAGCUGUUACAUGUGAUUCUUGCUGUGAGUGAUACAAUUGUCUUCUUAUGCACCUUUGUGAAGGCACAUGCAUGAUUUAUUGUU